ACAUAGCACGACAAAGGUUAUAAGUUUGAAUCAGAGCCAGUGCAAUUCAAUUCACAUCUUGUCUUCGAUCGAUCCGCGUGCGACAAUGAAGGCUCAAACAGUUUUAACUUUGAUAUUCGUCUGUUUAUUUAACCAUGUUUAUAGUAGUGAAUUUGAUUUGGUGCCGAGUCCUGAAGGAACGUUUUUCUACUUUGCUUACGGCAGUAAUCUAUUGACAAAAAGGUUGCAUGUGCAAAAUCCAUCUGCGAAUUUCUACAGCGCCGCCAAAUUGAAGGAUUAUAGACUGGAUUUUAACAUGCAAACGGAGGCAUGGCAGGGCGCGGUGGCUACCAUAGUGGAGGAAGAAGGUAAAGAAGUAUGGGGCGCUGUGUGGACUAUCAGUAACGACCAGAUGCAUCACCUUGACGAUCAAGAAGGCGUGGCUGAGGGACUGUACUUCCCAAAGAACGUGACUGUAACAACGCGAAAUGGCCAGAAUUUAGUCGCCCGCACCUACAUAGAAGUACAUAACCCUAACAUAACUGUAAAUCCAUGGGAUUUACCUCCAGAAAGACGACCUUCUAACACGUACCUUGAGGUUAUCGCUCUGGGUGCCAUUGAAUCGCGUCUACCCGCUGAAUAUAUUGGCUUUAUUUUCUCAUUCCCCACCAACGGGAAAAUGGCUACCAAAGAGAGAAGAGAACAACUUGGUUAUCCUUUUUAAUCAAUACACGGUCUCUAUCAUAAACAUGUUUAUGCUGUGAUAUGAAUUAAAUUAUUUAAAUAUACCUAAUAAUCAUUUUUCAUUC